AUGGCGCAGCUGCGGGCGCAAUGCCUGUCGGCGGCAGAUGCGAUCGGCGCCGAGUGUGCUGCAACGCUGGCCGCUGGCAAAGGCCAGCACCAAGGCGAAAUCGCAAACUACAAAGCAGCAGUCCUCACAAGCCUCGACGGGUGCGGCGAGCCCCUAGUGCAACUACUCCAGCGCCAGGCCCUGAGGCUUGCGAGGCUCUAUCGCGACGGCGGCAACAGAGACAGUACCGCGGCAGGACGUCUCGAAAAGGAGUCGGUGCUCGGCCGGCUCGACGAUGUCGUGGCUGCCGCGUACGCCAAGUUCUAUGCGUUCCCCUUCAAGGACCUGCCCGCCUGCUGGCGCCAGCUUUACACCGACGCCAGCAUCCUCAAGUUUGCCUGCCUGUAUCUCCUCGACUGGCCGCAUGCUGCUGCCGCCGAAGAGCCAGAGCCAGCACUGGUGCCAAGUUACGACGAUGCGACUUUGGAUGAUAUGGUUGCCGUCCUGGACCGCGCCCUCGUGUUCGCCGGCGCCGCUGGCGACGCCCGCGGCCGCCCUUGGAUCGACAGCGCUUUUGAGCUGCUCGGCCGCACCCAGCUGCCACCGUCUCCUAGCUUAGACCCCGAAUUUUUUAGUGAGAGGCCAUCCAAGAAGGGGAGACGGAUGCUGUCUGAUAGCCCCUGGACGAACAUUCUCUCGUUCUCCCAGGCCGAGCCGUUCACGCCGCCCGUCAAGUGUCCCGUGCCGCGCGCCACCGCCAUGUCUCUCGAGGCCUUCCAGACGUACCUGAGCCGGCCGACGGAGACGGGCCGCGGGCCGUCCCCGCUAGUCAUCUCAGGCCUGACCGACGAGUGGCCGGCGCGCACGACACACCCGUGGCAUAAGCCGGCCUACCUGCUGUCGCGCACCUUUGGCGGGCGGCGCCUCGUGCCCGUCGAGGUCGGCCGCAGCUAUGUUGACGACGGCUGGGGCCAGCGCGUCAUCCCCUUUGGCGAGUUUCUACGCGAGUACAUCGUCACCCGCAACGAGAAAAAAAAGACGGGCUACCUCGCCCAGCACCAGCUGUUCACGCAGCUGCCGCAGCUGCGCGCCGACAUCGUCGUGCCCGACCUCUGCUACACGGCACCGCCACACCACCCGUCGCUCGACCCGCAGCCCGAGCUCGACGCGCCGCAGCUCAACGCGUGGCUCGGCCCUGCCGGCACCAUCACGCCGCUGCACACGGAUCCGUACCACAACCUGCUCGCGCAGGUCGUCGGCCGCAAGUACGUGCGGCUGUACGGCGCGCAUGAGGGCGCGCGCCGCAUGCGUGCUCGGGGGUGUGAGGGCGGUGUCGACAUGGCUAACACGAGCGCUGUGGAUGUUGGUGUCGUCGAGGGCUGGGAUGAUGGUGGUGAUGUGCAAGGGAGGGGUAGUGAUGUGCAAGGGAGGGGUGGUGACGAGGGAGAGGACUUUGCCCGCGUGCCCUACCUCGACUGCAUCCUCGAGCCGGGCGAUACGCUUUAUAUCCCCAUGGGCUGGUGGCACUACGUCCGCGGGCUGAGCGUGAGCUUUAGUAGCCACACCAAGUAA